AUGAGCAGCAAGACGAAGAGUAAGAGUAAUAUUCCCGCCAAGCAGCGGGUGCAGGACAACACAGAUGCGAAUCCCCCACAACCCACAAAAGAAAUAACUACUACUAAUACCAAUACUAAUACUAAUACUAUUACUAGUAUGAACAGUAGUUCGACUGUGAAGAGUAUAUCCACAGCAGCAGCAGCAGGGAGGAGUACGUUGGGUUGUUGUGGGGCUCUUCUUGUGAUUGGCACUUAUCACUCCGUGAUGGCGGGUCUUGUCUUUCGCCGUGAUCGCCUCGCGCUGCUCUUUUCCAUCAAACACCACGAUGGCUGCAUUAACACAAUUGCGGUGGGGGAUAAAUACAUCGCCUCUGCGGGUACAGACGAGCGUGUGUUUCUCUUCACCAACAAGAAUCAUCAAUCCCACCUUACACCUGCAGAGCGGGCCAAACUACGUGCUGCUGCUGUUGUUAAUACUGGCGAUGGGAAAGAUCGUAGCGGUGUGUGUAUGCGUGUGCGGCCGGCGGAUCUUGGUAGUAUUGCCCCACCGAGUGAAGUGCGGUGUUUGCUGCUCACGACGAAUGGGCAGCAGUUGUUGUGUGGAUGUACGGACGGUCAACUGAUUGUGUACCGCACACGUGAUUGGAGUGUGACGCUGGCCAUCCCACUGCAUGAGAAGUGUGUAAAUGCCAUUGCCGUACACCCAGGCAACAGCCAACAGAAUAAUAAUAAUAACAAUAAUAAGAAUAAUAAUAAUAAUAAUAACAAUAAUAAGAAUAAUAAGAAUAAUAAUAGCAGCAGUAGUGGAGUGUUGGCUGUUACGGUUGGUUCGGAUCGGCAUGUGGCGGUUGUGGAUCUCGCGCGUGGGCGGCUGCUCAGUAAAUGGCGGUACAACACCCACACAAAUAAUACAGUUAAUAAUAAUAAUAAUAAUAAUAAUAAUGAGAAGAGUGAGGAAGAAGAAGAGGAAAAGCGAACAGUGAAGCGAAUGCGGUUGGAAGUGCGGGAUGAGCCCCACGCGGUGCACUUCUCCCCCAGCGGGUGUUAUUUUGCAAUUCUCGCCCAUCACUCCUUCACGGUGUACGAGACGGCCACCACCCGCCUGCUCACAUUCUAUCAGGAGGCAUCCACACAGCAGGAACUGCAGCCACACAAACAACUGCACACAUUUGCAUUCGUAAAGGAUGAGACGAUUGUGUUUGGAAAUGAAUCCGGUCAAUUACUCUGCGCCAUUGGGCCGUGGAAGAGAGAAGACACACAACCACAGCCAUGCACACUACAACCCGUCGUUAUUCACAUUCCCACAUCAUCAUCAUCAUCAUCAUCAUCAUCAACAACAACAACAACUUCAGAAAAAGGCGGUGAGUCUAAAAAGCCAGAGAGACAUCCCACACAUCACACAACACGUGUGAAGGGCCUGCGGUGUGUGGAGGACACAUUGUUCUCAAUAGAUGCCGCUGGUGCUGUGAUUGCCUGGCGCAUGAAAGGAGGAGUGGAGUCGACGUUGACACUCACAUACAUCUGCAGUGCCAACUGCCAGGGACGUGUCACCACAAUGGACGUUAUGCCGCUGUGA